AGUCGUGGAUAUCGAAGAGUAGAACAACUAGUAAAAACAUUCGAUCCGAAUCUAACACUCUCGCGUAUAAACCAGCAAUCAUAUUAUAACACCCGACACAACCGCACACAAAGAUCAUUCGCAGCAUUCCUACAAACACUCACGUAUUGGAGAAUACCAGCAAGUUUUGACGCAUUAGCUGUAUCAGUAAUACGCAACCAUAGUGACGUUACUGUUGGAAGUUUUAGUGAUUUAACACCAGAACUAGAAGACCUAUAUAUCCGCGAAGUAGAUAAUUACGUGUUAAUCACACUAGACCGGCAAAGACGAGUCCCAGAUAUUGGACCAGUAAAUUUUCCGCCUACACCACAAGCGUUUGCACUCACACCGUUCAGAAACCUACUCGUUCAAGGAUCACAGUUAAUUAACGAAGCGGAAGACGUACUUGGAGAAUUACUAGACGCAAACGACGAUAACCAAAGCAUACUCUCCCGAAACGCUUUCGGACCAGACGAUAAUAACUCACCUCUAAGAGUCCUCACUCAACAAGAACGAGCUGCAUUUGCAACUCCAGAACCAAGCGACUCAGCAUCUGAACAUAACGACAAUCCAGAUAACGCUACAGCUGUCGAAGACACUGAAAGCGAAGCCAGCGGCCUAGAUCAAGCAUACUUUGAGGAAGACCUUAUCCAAGACGAAAAUUCUGACGAAUCAGACGCGGAACCAGUAGAAGAAAUCGACGUAGAAGACGAAGAAUCUACUGACGAAGAAGACGACAAUCAAGUAUUAGUACAACUACCUCCGAUACAAGCACAACCCAUCGAAAUGGUUAAACACGUGGAUUACCCUAUGUUCACCGGCAGUAAUCCUGCAGCAUGGGCGCGAGCCAUGGACAUGGCAUUCGCCGCCAACCAAGUAAAUGAUGAGGCCGUAAAAAUCAACAUAGCGGCAACCCAUUUAGGAGACUAUGUUGAAUGGUUUGCUGGCCAAGCGGCUUUUACCCAUUGGACUGAUGGAAACGGUGCUCAAGACCGUAAUAUGAAGGAUAUAUUCUUAGCAGCAUUUAACGGACCAGAAGAAAAGGGAUUGGCAUUAUCCCAGAUGUGGAAACGGAAGCAACGAAGAGGUGAAACGCUCGCUAGUUAUGUGAACGGGAUUCAACAGAUAUGGAGUGCAACUGGAGAAGACAUACCUGUCUAUAUCAGACUAGACCCAUCGAUCCAACCGCUAGUAAAGGCUCAGAAUCCGCAGAAUAUCGCUGACGCGAUAGCCGCGGCAAAACGAGUUUAUACUGGAGGAGCUCAUGGCUCAUAUUUAACACAGGAAGAAGAAGACCCGUCAGUAACAGGAUUGUUGGCCCAAAUUGCGGAAUUGACUAAACAAAUGAAUGAAUUGAAAUCAGAACGAAAAGAACCUCAACCUAUCCAACGCGAACGAGCACCAAGAAUGCUGUUAGGACACAUUCAAGCGGAUUGUUAUGCGAAAAAGAAGGGCAAAGGCGCGUCCGCGAAACCAAUAAGACCCUCUAAUGCCGCACAACAAUAUGGAGCUUCUGAUGAUUCAGGACCGCUCUGUUGUAAAGCAAUUGUGCAGGGAGAAGAGAUUGUUGCACUAGUUGAUACUGGUUCAGCACUUACUUUAGUGUCAAAAGCGCUCUAUGAUAGGAUUGCGCACAAAUUGGUAAACCCUAAGUUAGAAGAAUCAAAUGUGAAAAUAAUGGGAAUAGCAGGUCUAAGGAAGAAUUGCGAAGGCCGGAUCAAUAAUUUGUCCAUCAAAUUCAAGGAAAAAGAAUGGCGGCUCAAUGCAGAAGUAAUACCUCAUCCAUCAGUAGACGUGAUACUUGGCCAGAACUUCCUGAUGGAAGUAAAGGCAGAAAUUUCGUUACCUAAACUCCAGAUGACUCUAGGAGAUGGGAAGGAACAAAUUAGCUUAUACAGAGAACCCUCCAAAUAUAUCAGCAUUUGUCUGAUGACUAAAGCUGAAAAGAAGCCCUGGUGGAAAAAGAAGAAAGAAGUACCAAAGAGCGAAUGGAAAUGUGAAUACGGAGCGAAUGAACAAACUUGCACCCAAUUACCAAUGGAACCCAUAUUAUGA